AUGAACUCAUCCAAAUGGCGCAUCUCCAAAGCGUGCCACGAGUGUCGUGCACGAAAGGUCAGGUGCAACGGCCAGACCCCUUGUGAGCGCUGCAAGACCAGAGGCAUCGACUGUGUUUAUCGGGAGAAGGCGCGCAUACGCCAGAAGGCGAGUCAACGGAAUGCGCUGAAUGGGGCUGCGGUCGCGAAACCUUCGGCUUCCAUACCCGUGCGCUCAACGGUCCCUGUCUCUCAAAAUCAAGACGAUGGCGCCGAUGAUCUUGAGUCGGAAGCUUCGCCCGGCGGCGGCGGCGAGAGCAACUACAACGUCCAUAGCGUUGCCGCGACUCAUGAGGCAUCGCCUUCUUGUCUGAUCCAGCUGUACUAUGGACCCUCGUCCAACUUUUCUCUCCUGCAUUCCAUCUAUCACCAGAUCGAGGGGACGGUACCGAGCACGCCGUCGCGGCAGGGCGUGGAGGAAGUUGGUCCCGGGCUGGAUCUAUUCAGCCAUCGGCGCUUGUUCUUUGGUGACCUGGCCGACACAAACCCGCCUUUGCUGAGGUCAGAUGACUUCACCGGGAUCCUGCUUUCCCCAGCCAUUGCGCAGACCUUGUUGGAGAGGUAUCUUGAUACCUAUUGGCAUGCGCUGCCCUUCAUGUCCAAGGAAGAGCAUCGCACAAAGCUGGACGAGAUGUUUCGCCCCCCAGGAGUGUUCGGAUACGACUCCCCCGAAUGCAUCAUUAUCCUCCUGGGUAUUUCAUUGGGCGCUUAUAUGCUGGGACAGCACACUGUCUCUGAGUUUCUGUAUCAAAAGUCCAGGCAAGGUUCAGAGAAGCUGGAGGAGGUGGUUAAUGUCCAGAUGGUGCAAGUUUACACCAUGAUGAUAAGUGUAUACCAGUCCCUGGAUUCUAUCGAGAGAGCCCGUCCAAACUCAUCCUUUCUUCAUCUUGGGUCUGCUGUGCGUCGCGCGUUAGCUAUUGGACUGCAUAAGGAAGCCAUUGCGAGGGGUGGAGAGACCCGGCAGGACAUGGAGCAGAAAAGAACUACAUUCUGGAGUCUGUUCUUCUGGGAAACCUGGAUUUGCUUCAUGAUUGGUCGGCCGAACUCGAUCGUCGACCCGGGGACCGCCGUUCCCAUGCCGAAGAAGCAGAAGUUCCUGAAAUCCAUGGUCACGCUAUCGCGGAUCAUGGCAAAAUGUACGAACCAGAUUUACACCCCACGGCAUGAUUCGCUUAUGCCGAUGUGGAAUGCGGCCAAUGAUAUCCGUGAACAAUUACACCGAUUUGCAGAGUGUCAGCCCCGGGAUAUGGGGUUCGAAUUAGUCGGCCAUACAAAGCCUGGUGGGGAGGGAUUUUGUCAAACGUUACUUUCGUCUAGUGAGUUUAACCCGCCUGUAUCAUGUGUAUUUGAUUGCUCACCGGUGAUGCUCACGUGUACAGCAUACCAUCAAACACUACUCCUCACGUUUCGGCCUUUCCUCAUCUUGCGGGGCAAGUUGAGAAGACAGGGGAAAUCUCCCGGAACUCCCAGAUCUGCCGAGAAGCGACCUGCGGCCCCACCACCCUGGUUUGACAAGGCAUGCCAGAUCUGCCUGGACACCGCUAAAAGCACAAUUAAUAAUAUGGCAAAUGCCUUGCAUAACAAUGAGCUUUGCAAGGGUGUCAAGUAUCAAAACUAUUUCGUUGAGGGUGCUUGCUACGUAUUGGCACUGGACCUACUUCAAGAACCCUAUGGAUCUAACCGAGAUCUAAGGUGUAUCCGCACUGGGUUGAGAUGCCUUCAGGCGUUGCUUCCUAACAUUCCCGGAAAUAACACGCAGACCCCUACUACGAUCGCCGCUAUUGUCCGCAUGGUACGGUGCGUGGUCCCUGACUUUGAGAUAGCCAGCGAGGCUGGCCCGGAUAUAGGACUUGGUCUGUGGGGGCAGAACUCGCCGUCGAUUGUGCCGGACCCAACGACACCGAUGACCAAUGCCACCACGGCAUUUGCCUAUCCUUCGAUGCCGCUAUCCUCAGACUUUGCUCCGUUAGGUCCGAAUGACGCAUUCCCAGGAGGCUUCUCCGACUUCACAGCUGCCGACCUGGGUCUUAAUUUCGACUUUGGCACUAUGGAUAUGGAUGCCUUCCUAUCAAUCGACACGAAUCCUGGCUGGGACUUGAAAUAA